AUGGCCGCUUCACCCAGCUCGGCCGCGGCCACGUCCGAGAUCUUCGAGCAUCCAAGUUCUCCCGCCGCUCCGGAAGCCAAGUCAUUUGUUUCACGCGCCGCCAGCGACGAUGAGGAUACGCAAAUGGCCGAUGAGCCCACCGAGGUGCAAGAAAAGCCCACCCGUGGUAGAGGUAGGGCUUCAACAAAGGGUGGCGACGCACCUCAUCAAAUUGGCAAGAUUCGGCAUCUGAAAAAGGAAGAUGGCGAGCCACUUUGGAGGGAAGACAUUCAAUACGACUUCCUCAAGGCCGUCUUUGACAAUGAGCAACAAGUCUUUACCAACACGUACGAUUCCGACAUGGACAAGCAGUGCUUUGCAGACCUCUAUAUCGAUACUAUGUCGCGCAGUAGCAAGACGAGCAAGGUCCUAAGAGACAAGUUGCUCAGCGACCGAGAUGCAGCCAAGGGCAUGGCCAUGGUUUGCCUGCUCGUCAAUGUUGGUCGCAUGAACACAACUCUCAACUUCUUCCCCGAAAUGAGAGCGCAACUUAGAACCUACCACGCGAUUCCAUCAUUACAAGCCCACCAGGACGCACACGCAUACAAACAGCUACAGGACGCCCCGCGUCUCAAGUCUAUCCUGAAGGGCGGCGCCGAGGACAGGGAGGAACCCAACUCGCUGGAGAAGAUCAAGAACUCCGACGUACCGCGAACCAAUCCCGUCAACCUCAUUUUCUCCAUGUGCCACUCCGCGCAAAAGGUUGCCGAGUUGCACUUUCCAGAUCACCAAGAGUUCCACGACCUCAUCAUGAAGACACAAUACAGCAGCAAGUCUCGCGCCUUGGCCUUCUUGUGGCUCAUGUGGUUUUAUCUUGAGUCUGACUUUACUGAAGAGGGUUGUGAAGAGAAUCCGUUUGGCGCGGGCGUUGACUACGGCGUGGAUGUUGCGAACCAGGGUGUUCCCAAGCUAAUUGAGAUGUCGGAAGAUGAACGAGCCAAAGAGAAUGUGGAUGCCCCCGAGGAAAUUGAAUUUGGGCGCGAGAAGCAAAAGACACGGGCCAAGAUUCUCGAAAUGGAUCAAGCCUAUUUAACUGAGAGAGAGACAAAACGCGGCAAGCGCGCAACGUUGAACGAGGACGGCCCGGCAAUCCUACCACGCAUUCGUCCCUCUAUGCACGACUCAGACCGGGACAGCACAAGAUCAACGCCUCCUCCACGACACCUGGGACGAGGUGGCCGACGGGGAUUGGCGCUCAAAUAUCAAAUCUUUGAGGGUUCAUCUCCCGGCCGACACGGAUCAGAAGGGGUUGGGUCACGAAAGCCCCGUCCUCCCACAGCGCAUCAGCUCGCUGUUGAACGAAACCGCAACGAACGCGUUGAGUACAUUCUAGACCGUGGGCUUCGAAAGCACCAUCACAAGAGCCGCAAAGGUCGACGGCAAGCAGGGGCUGUAUACCGAGCAUAUAGGCGAACUCAGGCACAAGAAGAUCCAUUCGAAGAUAGUGACGGUGAUGAUGUAAUGCCGCGCAACAUUUCUAGCAAAGACAAGAACGCCGUGUUCCGUGAGAGAGCUCUUGGUGGACUGGCCCUUUUGAGUGCCGAGACGGACGACUACGGUGAAGAGGUCAGCGCAUACGCUGCUGCCUUGAGAAGAGCUACUCGACGACUUGGUCGAUGGGCAGGUCACGAAAAGGAACUGGGUGUUGUUGCGCCAGUAAAGAAUCAAAAAGCCAAGAACAAUGCCAACGGGGACGGCAAAGGGGGUAAGGGCGGAGUUGUAUUGGACGAGUCUCCCACAAAAAAUGGCGAUGCCAACGGGGACAUUACCAUGGGCGACGCAGAUAUUGACGACCAGACUGCGUUGCUGGAUGAUGGAGACGACGAUGUAGACGACCCGGAUAAGACCGAAGUUUUGGGUGAUUCCGAUGUAGAGUAA